UAAACAAAAAAGCUGAGAGAAACAAAGAGAGAGAACCAAAAAGAGGCCUUAAUUUCAUUUCAUUACCCUCAAAAUCGCUUCCCUUCCGCCUUAUCGCCUUCCGGAUCUGCCACCCAUUUCUCCGACACCCUCCCCCUUCUUCACCGCCACCACCGCCUCCCCUCCAUUCACUCCUCUGUUCUCUGUUCCCAUUUUGGGGAUACUCAUUUAUGGCCGGAAUCCCCUCUGAGGGGUUGGGAGAUGACUUCUUCGAGCAGAUUCUCGCAGUGCAGCCUGGUUACGCCGGCGGAGCAACCGGCGAUGUUGUCUCUAUUCCGAUGGGCUUGCAACUUGGGUCUGGCGGCGGCGGCGAUGGGUUGAGAGGGAUAGCUGGGCUGCAAGGAGGCGGUGGAGGAGGAGGGAUGGGUAUGCCGUUGGGGCUGAAUUUAGAACAAGGGUUUUUGAGACAAGAGAGGUUUAGAGAUGAACUUAAUAACAAUAAUAAUAACAAUAAUACCACUAAUAAUGCUUCAUCUUCUUCCACUGCUUCUUCUGGAAUCACUGAGAGAGAUUCUUCGGUUCAGCACAUGAACGCCUUGUUUCCUUCCUUUGGACAUUUGCAGCAGACUCAACAACUCCGGCCACCUCCGCCGCCGUUACAUCUUCACCAGCCCUUUCACAAUCAGACAAAUCCCGGGAUGGUUGCUGCUGUACCGCAACCUUCUCAAAUCCGUCCGAGAGUUCGAGCACGACGUGGGCAAGCGACUGAUCCUCAUAGUAUUGCCGAAAGGUUGCGUCGAGAAAGAAUCGCAGAAAGAAUGAAGGCCUUGCAGGAGUUGGUUCCUAGCUGCAAUAAGACUGAUAGAGCGGCAAUGCUCGAUGAAAUUGUGGAUUAUGUAAAGUUUCUUAGGCUUCAAGUUAAGGUUUUAAGCAUGAGCAGACUAGGUGGGGCAGGUGCGGUGGCUCAACUUGUGGCCGAUGUGCCCCUAUCAUCAGUCGAGGGAGAAGGCAUUGAGAGCGGUGCGAAUCAACAAGCAUGGGAGAAAUGGUCAAGUGAUGGCACAGAGCAACAAGUAGCAAAACUAAUGGAAGAAGAUGUGGGAGCUGCCAUGCAAUUCCUACAAUCUAAAGCUCUAUGCAUCAUGCCCAUCUCAUUAGCCUCAGCCAUUUUCAGGACACACCAAGCCGAUCCGCCGAUCAUGGUUAAGCCAGAAAUGAACACUCCUUAGACCGACCGACCUUACGUGCCCAUCUCGGACUCCAACCGUGCUAAGUUGGUUAAAUCCAUCUCGUUUAUUGUUUCGUGAUUAUGGAUAUCAUCAGCAUAAUAUAUAAUCUAGUGUUUUUUUGUAACUCCUUAUUGAAGUGAAGUGAAGUGGUGGAAAACGACCAAAAUAUUUUGUGAUGGAAAAUCUACAACUUUUGUUUCUUGUUUUUA